GAAGAGCAUAGGGUAGUUUGCAGCUCCACCCUCUUCCUUCCCUGAGGCCUCAGAUUUCUGAGAGAGGCUCCGAGAGAGGGAGGAAAGGCUGUGUGUGUCUGUGUGUGUGCAGUUGUGAGUGAGUGUGAGAGCUGGGCACUCUCUCUCCCCGUGUCCUGGGGGAGGGCCCUGCACGCGGGUGCUGCGGCGACCCAGGAUCCACGGCCCCCGCGGUGGGGCACUGAGAGGAAGAGGGACUUGGGGCGCCUUUGGGAGGCAGUGUGAAGAUCCUGGGAGCCUCCAGAGGCGAGGGCACCCUCCUCCGCCCCAGCCUGCUCCCUCCUGAGCACCGCACGUGGGGCGGCGUCUCUUCCAGCCCAGACCCAUCGCCACCUCCGGAGAGAAGCACAAGGAGCCCUGGAGGCACCAUGGCCAUGGCACCAGCAAGAAUCCACUCAGAUGGUCUGCUUCCCCGGAGCAUCGUUGAAGGCCUUGCCACCAUGACCACAGACGACAUGCACUGGCUCCUCUCUGAUUGGCAAGCUUGGGAGGCAGUGAUGGAGCAGCUUCGUUUUGGAAGGAACGAAGUCGAUGUGCUGUACUAUAUGGUGGCCCAGGAGCUGAUGCGACGGGAGGAAGGGCUCUGGCCGUCCGGGAACCUGUCCCAGGAGGAGAUGAUGUUUCUCCAAGAGUUUCCCUGGCGGAAGCACCAGCUGGAGAAGACUAUCAGUGAACUUCGCAGCAUCGCAGACCAAGUUGACACAACCCACAAGAUGCUCACCAAGACCAGCCUGGUGGCCAGCUCCUCGGGGGCGGUGUCCAGCGUCAUGACCAUCCUGGGUGUGGCCCUGGCACCCGUGACAACAGGAGGGAGCCUGCUGCUCACAGCAGCAGGGCAGAGCCUGGGGUUAGCAGCUGCUGCCACCAACAUUUUGACAAAUGUCUUAGAAAAUAGGAGCAAUGCGGCAGCAAGAGACAGAGCUAGCAGACUGGCGAGUCUCUCCAUGGGCGCGGAGGCUGGAACCGGGGGAGGGAUGCCUUUCUCUGAUGCGAGAUUCAUCAGGAGGUGUGUGGACGCUCUCGGGAGCAUCAGGCAGCUUCGGGCCUUCCACAAGGCCCAGGCCAGCUCUAGCUUCAUUGCGAGGGUCAGGAACUUCGUGGCCACAAGGCGUGUGCCCUUCUGGAGGGCCACCGGGGUGCAGAGAGCGGCGGGGGCGCCUGUCCUGGCUAUGACCCGCGCUGCCCGGAUGCUGAGCGUAGCUGGGGCUGGCUACUUCCUCAUGCAGGACAUGAGAAGCAUCCGGGAGAACUGGAGGCACCUGGAAGACGGGGCGAGGACGGAGAUGGCCGAGGAAUUGAGGAGGCUCUCCCGGGAGCUGGAGCAGGAGCUGGACCAGCAGUCCCAGCGCUACAUGCUGACCAUCCAGAGGCUGAACCAGGAGGGAGGAAAAAGGGCAAGGAUGCCGAGGAUAAGUGGGGAUGCCAACCAGUUGGCCAGGCUGGCCCCAGCAGAGGCAGAAUGCACGUCUUACGACGGGGUGCCCAGAGAGGGUGCUAGGAGACCUGCAGCACUGUGCGGUAACCCCAGGGGACUCCAGAAAUACCGGGGACCAGACUAGAUUUGCAAGAGAUCAGACGCUCUGUGGGGGGUGGGGGUGGGUGGCAGUCAGGGCUAGAGUCCAAGGAGACCUAAACAUACAUGUCAGUUCCGACUGGGCCUGAGACACAUUUAGAACACGUGUAUUUUCCAAACGGUAUAUAAUUACACAGUACAAUUACAAUCAAAUGGGAAAACCCCUCUGUCUUACAAUAAACUAUGCUCUGCUCCCCUGCCACCCCCCUCCUCACGUGGUCCCCACCCCGUCACUAGUCACACCACACACGCAGUCUUUGUUGCUCACGCCUAGGUAGGAUCUACAUUCCGGUGGCAAGGAGAAGUCAGCGGUUCGAGAAAAGCCAUUACCGGGAGGAAGUUAUCCCCUUACAGCAGCAGAAUUUAUAACUGAAAAAUGGGACACCAUUAAAAUGUUCUGACACUAAGACUGACGCCAUACAGGCCAGUCAUCCACUUAAGAGGCUAUUACGUAGCCAUCGAAACAAUGCUCAAUAGUUGGAUUAACAUGGAAAAUGUUUUUAUCAAGUUAGGUGAGAAAAGCAGAAUGAAAAUUUAUCUACCUUUGCCUAACCAAAGGAAACACAUAUCUCAAGCCUAUAUGCAGAAACACACACGCGCACGCGUGUACACACACACACACACACACACAGCGAGGUUACACCGUGGCUAUCUUUAUUUAGAGGGAAUUUUGGUUACUGUUCCCUUCUUCUCUUUGCCUUUCUGUACUUCUCAAGCAUUCUAUUAUGUGAAUUACUGUUUUAUAAAAUGAAAAAACCCACAUUUUAAAUAUUUACAUCAAAAUUAAA